CCUCUCUAUACAUUUCAGAACAAAACACAGAGAGAGGCAAAAAAAACAACAGAAAGGUAUUGAAGAAAUGAAGAAAGCGGGAGGGGCAGAGAAGAAAAGGGUGCGAAGGUCAUCAGGCGCUAUUCAGAACGGCGGCAGAGAUUCCAACUCUGAUACUCCUCCUAGGAAACAAGCUAUCCAGAAGGAUGUGUUCCAGUUGUUUGCAGAGAAGGUGAGAGACCAUAAGGAUUUGGUGUCUAGGUGGGCUGUUCUACAGGAGACACGCGUGGAAUAUUUCAGGGGGAAGGAUUUUGUAAGAUUUUUGAGGAAUCAUCCUGAACUCAAAGAUAUUCUAGAAUCGGAUAGAAAUCUAGAAGCUGAAGAUAUUGCCGAUGUUUUACUGAGAAAGAAUCUUCUAGUUCGCUGUGAUCGUGUGGUGAAAACUCUUCGUCCUGGAAAGAAAAAGUUGUCUACAUGGCCUGCACAUCUGGAGAUCUUUCCAGACCAAGUAUUUUCUGAGAAUGAUGCCUUCUUUGCAUGGACUUUUGUUAAACGGCGGCCUCUCUGGCAGACGCUUCUCUCAUUUUUCUGGCCGGUGGUGACAUUGGCAAUUUGCUUGUUUCCUGUAUAUCCCCAUCGGUGCAAGCUACUAAUACUCUACUCAUGUCUCGGGGUCCUGCUACUGUUUCUUUCUCUACUUGUUUUGAGGGGUGCAAUAUUUGGAGCUCUAUACAUUAUUUUGGGGAAACGAGUUUGGUUUUUCCCCAACAUUCUCGCCGAGGAAGCUACUUUGAGAGAAUUGUUCCGUUUCUGGCCCCAGAAAGAUGAGGAGGAGCGACCAAAGUGGACGACACGAGUUUUCUAUGCGGCAGUUGGAGUGCUGGUCAUAUUGCUACUGAGGCAUCAUGCUCCUGAUGAAGCUGCUAGAGCCAGGUAUCAGAAACGUGUAUCGAACAUAAUUGAUGAUGUUCUUGAGUGGUCUCCAAGAUUGGCGCUUUCUGGGAUGAUGGAGAAUCUGCAACCAGUAGUUAAUGCGACUGAGGCAAGCAAUGCAACUGAGGAAGGUGUGACACCACCUGAUGGCAUGGGUGCAGAAACUAUCAGAGAGCAGGAUGAGGCAGAAGUUAGUGAAAAUCUAGAGAACACUGAUGAAAACCUAGACAAUAGUGAGGAAAACCUAGACAAUAGCGGUGAACAAAAACAUGAUAUAUGAUUAUAACUUACGCAAUACCUAAAGAACACAUCGCAUUCUCUUUACCCUUUGCCUUUAAAUUCGAGUGUAAAACAAUGUAUCAGACAAUAAAGCAGUUAGUUACAAAAUUGUGCUCUUUUUGUCGGAUUUAUAAAGGUCCAUUAAGAAUCUCUGUGAGAAAAAUUUAUAAAGUUUAGUAGUUGACUCCUUUGCAGAUUGCAAA